UGUGAGGAGAGGAAGGAAGGAAGGACUACUGGCCAUGAGUGUAGCGUUGAGGAAGACUUGCUGCCCCCUCGCCCUCAAGGCUGGCCUGCAGCCUGAGUGGCCAGGAGCAGCGGAGCAGACUGUCACUGGUGUGAGGACCAAGGCCUGAUGAGAAGGACCACCACCACCGUGCUGCUGCCUUCUCCAGCCAUAAAGGAAAGGGAAAGGUUGAGUGUCAGGACUGUAGGACAAUUUGAUAGGGGAGAGGAAGUUCAUCAGACACAGCCUUGCACACACUGGUUCAGGAAACCAUGAGAGCCAGGAGUGUGAGAAAAGCCUCCCUGGGAAGGGUGACUUUGACUAAGACACUCACUCCUUCUGCUGAAAGAAAUCAUGAUUGUGCAGUUUGUGGGGAAAGUUUCAGCAAGAAGGGUGAACUCAAGACACACAGCCUUUCACACACUGCUGAAAAAAAUCAUGAAUGUGAAGUUUGUGGGAAAAGAUUUAAUCUGAAGAGUACCCUCAACAGACACAUCCUUACACACACUGGUGAGAGAAAUCAUGAAUGUGAAGUUUGUGGGAAAAGAUUUAUUCAGAAGAGUUACCUCAACACACACAUCCUUACACACACUGGUGAAAGAAAUCAUGAAUGUGAAGUUUGUGGGAAAAAAUUUAAUCGGAAGAGUACCCUCAACAGACACAUCCUUACACACACUGGUGAGAGAAAUCAUGAAUGUGAAGUUUGUGGGAAAAGAUUUAAUCUGAAGAGUUGCCUCAACACACACAUCCUUACACACACUGGUGAGAGAAAUCAUGAAUGUGAAGUUUGUGGGAAAAGAUUUAAUCUGAAGAGUACCCUCAACAGACACAUCCUUACACACACUGGUGAGAGAAAUCAUGAAUGUGAAGUUUGUGGGAAAAGAUUUAAUCUGAAGAGUACCCUCAACAGACACAUCCUUACACACACUGGUGAGAGAAAUCAUGAAUGUGAAGUUUGUGGGAAAAGAUUUAAUCAGAAGAGUUACCUCAACACACACAUCCUUACACACACUGGUGAGAGAAAUCAUGAAUGUGAAGUUUGUGGGAAAAGAUUUAAUCAGAAGAGUUACCUCAACACACACAUCCUUACACACACUGGUGAGAGAAAUCAUGAAUGUGAAGUUUGUGGGAAAAGAUUUAAUCAGAAGAGUUACCUCAACACACACAUCCUUACACACACUAGUGACAGAAAUCAUGAAUGUGAAGUCUGUGGGAAAAGAUUUAAUCGGAAGAGUUACCUCAACAGACACAUCCUUACACACACUGGUGAGAGAAAUCAUGAAUGUGAAGUCUGUGGGAAAAAAUUCUGUUUAAGGUCAUACCUGAAGAGACAUAGCAUAAGACACACUGGUCACAAAGGGUUCAAAUGUGAUGCUUGUGGAAAGCGUUUCAUGACCAGAGCUGAGAUUACCAGACAUGUGAAGAUUCACCUCUGAGGUGUUGU